AUGUCGCGUCCCCAGGAUGACCGCAAUCAAGAGGCCACCGUUUACCUGGGCAAUCUUGACGAGAGAUGCACGGAUGCAUUGGUUUGGGAACUAAUGUUACAAGCAGGUCCAGUUGUAAAUGUGCAUUUACCCAAGGAUCGUAUCUCUAUGGCCCAUCAAGGAUACGGAUUCUGCGAAUUUUUGACUGAAGAGGACGCUGAAUACGCUUGUAAGAUAAUGAACCAAAUCAAGCUAUGGGGAAAGCCCAUUAGGGUUAAUAAGGCUUCAUCCGACAAAAAACAGUUAGACGUUGGUGCAAAUCUAUUUAUAGGCAAUCUGGACGAAAACGUCGACGAACGAUUACUAUAUGAUACAUUCAGUGCUUUUGGUAUGCUGGCGACGACAGCCAAGAUUGCGCGAGAUCCUGGUACAGGGACAUCCAAAGGAUAUGGAUUUGUUUCCUACACCGAUUUUGAAGCAUCAGAUGCAGCUGUUGAAUCCAUGAAUGGCCAAUUCUUAAUGAACAAAGCAAUCACCGUUCAAUAUGCCUUUAAAAAAGACGGGAAAGGUGAACGUCAUGGAACCCAGGCUGAACGUCUACUUGCUGCCCAGGCGCGUAAAAAUAACGCUUUACCUGUCAGCGCCCGUCCACCACCCGCAGCAAUGCCGUUUGGUGCUCCACCUAUGGCUGGUUACCAAGGUCCUUACCAAGGUCAAUUUGCCGGCGCACUAGCCCAGCCGCCUCCGCCUCCUGGCUUUACUCCACAACAAACUAUCAUGCCUCCGAUGCAAAUGCAAAUGCCUAUGGCACCGCCGGGUAUGCAGAUGCAGAUGCCUGGCAUGGCUCCUAUGGGUCCGCCUCAAGGUAUGCCUAUGUACGGAGCGUUCGCUCCGCCGCCGCCGCCGCCUGGCUUCGCCGUACAACAAUAUCCUGGGCAGAUACCUGUACCUCCCCCACCACAACCCCAGUUUUAG